CGUUAUACAUCUUUUACUCAACCAUGUUCACAUCCAUGUCCAGUCCCGAAGAAGCAAAAAUGUUUGCUGAGCAAAUGCUUGGUCACAAACUCGUUACUAAGCAGACAAGUGCGGACGGCAAAAUUUGUAAUACGGUUUACAUCUGUGAGCGCAAGUUCGCUCGUCGUGAAUAUUAUUUUGCCAUUCUAGAAGAUCGCAAAACACAAGGUCCUGUUGUUGUUGCGUCAUCACAAGGGGGCGUUGAUAUCGAGAGCGUGGCAGCCGAGAAUCCGGAUGCCAUUAUAACAUUGCCUGUAAACAUAGACGUUGGACUGACUAGAGAAGAUGCCAAGGCUUUGGUUGAAAAAUUGGGAUUUUCAGCCAAAGUUACGGAUGAGGCCGCCGAUACUAUGAUACAACUUUAUCAAUUGUUUUGGGAUAAAGAUGCGACUCAAGUAGAAAUUAAUCCCAUGGCGGAAUCGGCCGAUGGUGAAGUUUUGGCAAUGGAUGCAAAGAUAAAUUUUGACGACAAUGCCGAAUUUCGCCAGAAGGAUAUUUUUGCUCUCCGUGAUACCAGUCAAGAAGACCAACGUGAAGUCAAUGCGAGUAAAUAUAAUUUGAACUAUAUCGGCCUUGAUGGUCAAAUUGGAUGUUUAGUGAACGGUGCCGGAUUAGCGAUGGCUACGAUGGACAUUAUAAAACUUCACGGGGGAGAACCAGCCAACUUUCUUGAUGUUGGCGGAGGAGCAACGACAGAACAAGUCACCGAAGCUAUGAAGAUUAUUACGUCAGAUCCACAAGUGAACGCGAUAUUG